CGCUCCGGCCAAAAGGCUGUCAAGAAGCCCGAUGUGGAGAUGGAAAAUCAGGACUACUGCGAAGUGUGUGGGGCCGGCGGGGAGAUUAUUCUGUGCGAUACCUGUCCAAAGGCUUACCAUUUGGUCUGUUUAGAUCCAGAACUGGAAGAGGCUCCAGAAGGAAAAUGGAGCUGUCCGCAGUGUCAGCAAGACGGUAUCAAUGGUGGCGGAAAAGCAGAAGAGGACAAGGAGGAGGAAGAGGAGGACGUGGACGCUCCGCCUGCCGGUGAACGCAGCGAACGGAGCAUUGAAAAUAUGGAGUACUGUCGUGUGUGCUUUGAUGGCGGCGAGCUGCUGUUAUGCGACGGGUGCCCAUCCGCAUUCCAUGUGGACUGCCUGAAUCCGCCACUGAAAGACAUUCCCGAAGGCGAAUGGUUAUGUCCGCGCUGUACCUGUCCACAGCUGCGCGCCCGUGUUAGUAAGAUCCUCCACUGGCGCUGGAUCGACCCAUCCGGUCUGGCCGGCCUGCCCAUCGACCCGGAGAAAGGGCCCAAAAGGCGCCCGCCGCGUAUUCGGGAAUUUUUUAUUAAAUACGACAAUCUGUCCUACUGGCACUGUGAGUGGGUGCCAGAGAUUCAGCUGGACGUUAAUCAGCCACAGCUGAUCCGCAACUAUUUCCGGCGCAAUAACAUGGAUGACCCGCCGCCAUUGGAAGAGAUCUCGGAAGCCAAACGGGCUCGUCACCAUGAUGAGGCGGACUGGAGGAAACGCUUCUACCGCUAUGGUAUCAAACCCGAAUGGAUUCAAGUGCACCGCAUUAUCAACCAUCAGCAGAAACGGAACGGUGAGAUGCAAUACUUAGUUAAAUGGCGCGAUUUAAACUACGACCAGUCGUCGUGGGAAGAGGAAGACAUGGAGAAAGACGUACCGGAUUUCAAGAAAUGUGUGGACGCAUACUGGGAUCUCCGGGCGCAGGCGGAGGCCAGCUUAGUUGCGGAAAAAUCCAAGAAGAAAAAGGAGAAGAAAGAGAAAGGCGACAAAGCACAACCAAAACGCUGGCAGUUCCCGGAUAAACCCACCUGUGACCCUCGCAGGCAAUAUGAACGGCAACCGGACUACAUUACCUCCACCGGCGGCGAACUACAUUUGUACCAGUUGGAGGGGUUGAAUUGGUUGCGUUACUCAUGGUCGCACGGCACGGACACUAUCCUGGCUGAUGAAAUGGGUCUCGGCAAAACUAUACAGACUAUUGUGUUCCUGUACUCGCUAUACAAAGAAGGACAUUGCCGAGGGCCGUUCCUGGUGACUGCGCCUUUAUCCACGCUGAUUAACUGGGAGCGCGAAUUCGAAAUGUGGGCCCCGGAUUUCUACGUGGUGACGUAUAUCGGCGACCGAGAAUCGCGAGCGGUUAUUCGUGAAAACGAGUUUAGCUUUGAGAGAGGAGCGAUUCGUGGUGGGCAGAAGGCUUCGAGGGUGCGAGAUGGAUUUGAAGUGAAAUUUAACGUGUUGUUAACGUCCAUGGAGAUGAUCAGCGUGGAUCAGCCGACAUUGGGGUCCAUUGAUUGGAAAAUAUUGGUUGUGGACGAAGCGCAUCGUCUGAAAAAUAAUCAGUCAAAGUUUUUCCGCGUACUGAACCAGUACACACUUGGAUAUAAAUUACUGCUGACCGGAACUCCAUUACAAAAUAAUCUCGAAGAACUGUUCCACUUGUUAAAUUUCCUCAGCCCUGAUCGAUUCAACGACAUGCUGGAAUUUACACGCGAAUUCGCCGAUUUAUCCAAAGAAGACCAAGUGAAGAAGCUGCACGACAUCAUGGGCAACCAUCUGCUGCGCCGUUUGAAGGCCGAUGUUUUGAAUAAUAUGCCCACGAAAUCGGAGUUUAUUGUGCGCGUAGACAUGUCAGCAUUACAAAAGAAAUACUAUAAAUUCAUCCUAACCCGUAACUACGAAGCGCUACACACGAAAUCUGGUGGAUCCAGUUUAAUCAACGUCAUGAUGGAGUUGAAAAAGUGCUGUAAUCAUCCGUACUUAAUUUCCGCUGCCGGACAAGAGGGUGCGAAGAUGCCCAAUGGCGCCUACGAGGGCAGUGCGCUGGUGAAAGCCUGUGGCAAGCUGGAGUUGUUGAGUAAAAUGCUGAAAGUGCUGAAACGUGGCGGACAUCGUGUGUUGAUCUUUUCGCAGAUGACGCGUAUGUUGGACCUUCUGGAAGACUACUUGGAGUUUGAAGGGUACAAAUACGAGCGCAUUGACGGGCAGAUCACUGGAGGCCAACGUCAGGAUGCCAUUGACCGUUUCAAUGAGCCAGGCGCUCAACAGUUUGUAUUUCUCUUGUCAACACGCGCCGGUGGUCUGGGCAUCAAUCUUGCCACUGCGGAUACCGUCAUUAUUUACGACUCGGACUGGAAUCCACAUAACGAUAUCCAGGCGUUCAGUCGGGCCCAUCGUAUCGGGCAGGCCAACAAAGUCAUGAUCUACCGCUUUGUCACGCGGGCCAGCGUGGAAGAGCGCGUCACGCAGGUGGCCAAGAAGAAGAUGAUGUUGACGCAUCUGGUGGUGCGCAGUGGUGGCUCCCAGUUCAGUAAGAAAGAGCUGGAUGACAUUCUCAAGUUCGGUACGGAGGAGCUGUUCAAGGAUGAUAAUGUGGAUGGUUCGACUGGGGAAGGCACUAACAAAGAAACGGGCGAGAGUACCGGCGCCAUUCAUUACGAUGAUGACGCUGUGGAGAAACUGUUGGACCGCUCGCUGGAGGGUAUCCAGGAGAAGGAAGUGGGCUUGAAUGAAUAUCUCAGCUCCUUUAAGGUGGCGACAUAUAACAUUGUCAAUCCAGCGGAAGAAGAGGAAGCCGAUGAGGAAAACAGUCAGCCGGACACCAGCAAAGAUGAAGAGAACCAGCCCAGUACGGACCCGGCCUACUGGGAGCGGCUGCUGCGGCAUCAUUUUGAGCAGCACCAGGAGGAUAUCUCGCGCUCCCUGGGAAAGGGUAAACGCCUGCGACGACGGGUGAACUAUAUUAUGGAUGGCACGGGAAAGGCCGCGGCUGGAGAUUGGGAAGAAUUCCAAGGCGCAGGGACAUCCGCCGCCGGCAACCAGUCCGAUGACAACUCGUCGUUCUCAUCUCCAUCGGAUGAUAACGACGAAGAAGAUGAUGAGUUCGGACAGGGUGAAGGCGGGAAGGAAAUGACUGGUCGACGUCGUAAGAAGGAUGACGGCCCGUUACCGCCGCUGCUGAACAAAACCUCACCGAAUACAUUCGAUGUAUUGGGUUUCAAUCCCCGACAACGUAAGUCAUUUUUAAAUGGGGUGCUACGCUAUGGUAUUCCGUCGGACGAUGAGCAGUCAUGGCAGUGGAACGUGCGUGACCUGCGCGCCAAAUCAGAACGGCAUUUCCGCGCUUACGCAGCUAUGUUUAUGCGUCAUUUGUGCGAACCCGGUCCGGAUAAUGCGGAGACAUUCAGUGAUGGUGUGCCUCGGGAAGGCAUCUCGCGACAUCACAUUCUCAGCCGGAUUGGCAUCACCAGCUUGAUUAAAAAGAAAGUCAAGGAGUUUGAACCGGUCAACGGGAAACAUUCGAUGCCGGAGUUGUUGUUGGCCAUGCAGAAGCAGGCUCAGCAAGUGCAGCUGGAUGCGGAGCGGCGUGAGCGAGAGAAAGCCAAACUGAAGGCUGAAGGUGAGGCUGGUGGUAGUGGGGAGCGUGAGGAGACCGCUUUGCAGAAAUCGGAAAAAGAUCUCAAAGAAACUGUUCCAGUGGCGGUGGAGCCGCCCAUCAUUAAACCCAAACAGCGUUUCAUGUUUAACAUCUGCGACGGGGGAUUCACCGAGCUGCACACGCUGUGGUUCAAUGAGGAGCGCGCCAUUCGCGCCAAUCCCGAACAUGAGAUCUGGAACCGGAAGCAUGACUACUGGCUGCUGGCGGGCAUUGCCCACCACGGCUACGGCCAGUUCAACGCCGUCCAGAAUGAUCCGCGUUUUGCCAUUGUCAACGAGCCGUUCAAGACCGCCACCGCCAAGAUGAACUUUCUGGAGUUGAAGAACAAGUUUAUGCAGCGCCGCUUUAAACUGUUGGAGCAGGCUUUGGUGGUGGAGGAGCAGAUUCGACGCGCUGCUUACUUGCAGCUGACACAGGAUCCCAGUGGACCACUGAUGCAGAUGUAUCGGACGUUCAAUCAUUUGCAGUCGGUGGCAGAAAAUCACCAGGAUAUUGCGGUGGUCGGGAUGAGCAGCAAUCGCCCGGCACAGCUGGUUUAUCGUCAGGUUUUGCAGCAACUGGACGACUUACUAAGUGAUCUCAAAUCCGACAUGUCCAAGUUUCCGGUUGCGCAGGCCUCAUUGCCGUCGGUCAGCAAACGCUUGGGAAUGUCCGAGCGCGGUAUAUUGGCACAGUUAACGGGCAACCAGCAGCAACCACCUGCUACCGCUCCUGCAACAGCAACGGUCCCGUCGACUUCGGCCACGGCGCCGACGGAGGAUCGUCCUUUCCCCAUCACGGACUACUACAAAGCUGGCUCGCAGUUUGCCAUUCCGGUUAAUAAUAUGCCUGCCAAUCUGAAGGCACUGCAAAAGGCGCAGGAUGAACCAGCGGAAGUUAAAGACGAAGUGGACGGGGAAAACGGAGCCGAAGAAUCUGGUAAAAAGGGCGAUAGUUUAUCACAGGAAAGUUCUUCGUCCGCGUUGAGUUUGGUGAAGAAGGAAGAACCGUCUGCCCCUGUGGAAGAGGAAGACGAACCCAAACCGUUAAGCAUCGCCGCAUCCAGCGCUGACAGCGCCGCCCCAGCGGCCCCGGCCGAUGUGGACAUGGAGCAAGGGGAGGACGAGGCUGAGGAGGAAGUGCAGGAUCUGUCCAACAAGCGCAAAUAGUGGACUUUCUGAAUAUUAUUAAUUUUUAAUUCGUUUUUAUCUUAUUGAUACACUCUAUACCCGUCAGUUCUGUUGGCACGCGCUGUAUUGCGUCGUAUUAUACGCAUCUCACUACACCGGAUCGCGAUCCGAUGUUGCACUGUAAGGAGCAGUGUUCUGCUUCUUCCUUUUUUGCUGUUACGAAAGCGUUCUUUUGCUUAUCACGUGGUGGAGUCUUCUUUUGUUGGCAGCGCUCCGGUUUACCAGUGCAUGUUCACUCCUAGUUAUGGGGAAUGCUGCGAGGCUGUCCCUGAAUUUUUAUUGUUACUUUUAAUGUAUUUUAUGAUUAGUGGAUCGAUAGCUGGUGUGAAUAACGUUCUCUCUGUUUCAUGUGGCAUGCGAGCGAUACUUGUUCAGUUGCAAUAAAGUGCGCUAAGAUUGGUGUUA